AUGGAGCUUAAGGAAGAAUGGAUCCUUCCGGAUGAAGUCUUCAAGAAUCCGUUGUUGGAACGAACUUUGCUCGGUUUGAGGUACUAUGGGUUGCUGCUGUACGACUCACAAUCGCACAAGAAACUGCAUUGCUUUCGUGGUACGGUGUUUACGGUGUCCAUGGUCCUGUUCAACUGCACGCAGUACGUUGAUUUAUGGCAGGUUUGGGGUCACGUGUCAGACAUGACGGCAAAUGCGGCCACCACGCUGCUGUUCACCACUACAAUCUUUCGGAUAAUCUUCUUCUACUUUCAUCGGGCACGAUUCAAUAACAUCAUCCAAGUGGCCCACGUGGGCAUCCAGCGAAUCAUCAAAGACGACUGGAAGGACGAACAGCAGAUCUUGAGUGGCAAUCUGCGCUACCUCAAGCGCCUGACGGUUGUGUUUUGGAGCUGCGCAUUGAUCACGGCCAAUACGAUGUGCGUUUACGCGUUGGUGCAGUUCUUCAUUUACGACAGUCCUCAGGACAACGAUGUGCAUGAGCAGCUAGAAUCGAAUCGAACUGGAACGCCAAUACAUCCGAUGCCCAUUCUUCGCUCGUGGUAUCCGGCCCCAGAUGGGAAGGAUAACCACUUUCUGGAGAUCUACCUGAUCCAGUUGUACAUCAUGUACGUGGGCCAGCUGAUCGUACCCUCCUGGCACAUGUUUAUGGUCACCCUCAUGAUCUAUGGCCGCACGGAGUUCUGUGUCCUAAACCACCGUUUAUCCUGCCUGGAACGGUAUCACAAAACGGCCCCAGAAAAGGACUCCAACGAGCACGUGGACAAUGCCGAAAGACGUCGAAUUAUCAUUGAUUGCAUCAAGCGCCAGUCGAGUCUGGUAGCGUACAUCCGAGAGCUCGAGCAGCUCACAAGGGCCGCGGUUUUACUGGACUUUGUUGUAUUCUCCGUGCUACUGUGUGCACUACUGUUCGAGGCGUCGAUGACCACAUCCUUGGUGCAGGUGUUCAUAGAUAUCUGCUACAUUACGACGAUGACCGCCAUCUUGUUUUUAUACUACUGGCACGCGAACGAGAUUCACGUUUGCGCUGAUCAACUGUCGAUGUCAGCAUACAAAAGCGACUGGUACCGGUACGAUCGCGGCACGAACAGGAUGCUACAAAUCUUCAUCCUGUACAGCAACCGACCGGUUAAAAUGCAAGCCUUUUUCAUCUCAAUGUCGUUGGACACGUUCUUGGCUAUUCUUCGAGCGUCGUACAGUUAUUUCACGAUUCUGAAACAAUUGACCGAUUAG